UUUUGGGUGCAUCACUCUUUCGUAGGCUUGCACCUUUAUGGAUAUUAAACGUUAGCCUACUAGAGGAGUUUCAUGAUUGAAACAGGCACCGCUUCCCUCCGGUUACGCAUUUGCCAGAUUGGACACAGACAACAGGGAAAAAUAGACACGAUUAUAGUCCAUCGACUUCAGAACAUCACUUCAGUCAGGACAAAUUUCAUUUUCGCCUUCAUGGAUGGUGAGCGCAAAUCUGACAUGUAGGAUACUUCUGUUGGCUUUAUAAUGUCAAAAUGUAUGCAUAAACUUUUUUAUAUCUGAAGCCGUAAGCAUUUUAUGAAAUAACGACAUCUUUGUUUUCAAAACCUUUUUAUAUAAACUGGGUAAAUCAUUUUUGGUUUAGGCUAAAUAUUUCGGGCAAAAAAUCUAUUAAAUUACGCAAUAGGCCUAUCCUUCUAUUUUUUAAAGAUAGGUCUAAUUAGCUGACUCAUUGUUUUGCUAAACGCCAAUAGGCCGAUGACUUUAAAUUCUUGUCAAUGAAUUUGGUCAAUAAGCUUACGUUUUCACAAACCUCAUUUUUACAACUCAGACGGCCAAUCGCCGUAAACGCCGUUUUUUUUGGACUAUGGAGAUUCCGGUUGGAUUAGGAGGAGUUUGUGACUCCCCAAACCUAGUUUUUCGCGGACCUUUCCAAAACGUUUUCCACAACGUGCAAGCACUGCCGAGUAACACGACUGUCACUGAAAGCUUGGACUUUUGUAGUUCAAAGUACAGUUUCUUGCAGAAUAAACAACCCUGGGAGAUGCGCCAAACGAGCCGGCAAUCAUCCCGAAAAGAAAUAUGGUCAGGAACGGCUCGCAAUUCUGAUAUUGAAGUGAGGGAAGAUGACAGCGUUUGUUUUUCCAGAACACUCGAAUCAGUGGCAUGUCGUAUUCAUUUUGCCAAAAGCUCAAAAGGGAACAAAGCCGGGUUUUCCUCUUUGCACGAAUCAGACAAUCCAAACGCGAAUGAAUACGGAUCGUGUCGUUCUGGACAGCAAGUCUCCAACACGGAACAACAGUCCUGUCAACCCUCUGUGUCCCAUCACGGAAAUGAGUUAAAUCAUAACAGUGAGGCCUGUGUGGCGAGCAGUUGCUCCAGUUCUGCCUGCAGCACCAUCUCAAAAACGGCGAGGGAGCUCUGCAACGCUGUCUCUGUGUCACUGGGAUUGACCAUGGACGCAAAUGAGAUGACUGACCUGGGACCUAAUCACGCACCAUCCAGCGUAAAUCACCAAAGUCAAGGAAACUAUUUGUUUGAGGUGCCUCUAUUGAAAUGUUCUGGAGCUGGAGAAAACGUCUCCAUAACAGAAUACAAUUGCCCCAGUGAGCGCCAUGCCAAGCCACUACAAAGUGAUAAACAACUAGUUGAGAUGUUUCAACGUUCCCCUGCAAACAACCUUACAGAAAAAGUGGCGACCAUACAGCACCUUAGCUCCGGACAUCCAUCCACAGAUGAACAGGAGUUUAGACUGAAUGAAAACAGGGAUGACCCGACUUCAAAAGAAACAGAUCAUUUUCUGAAUACAGGAGCUCUUUCAGCGUCUUAUCAUUUUGACCAACUGUUGCCAGCACACUUGGCACACUUCAGUCAAACCGAAACAGACAGAAACUCUUCUCAUGUGUUCUACAAACCCCCAGCACAUGUCGGUGAAACUGGAGAGACUAUGGAGGACAAAUAUGCUGACUACUUACAACAACAGUACAGUGUCAAGAUAAAAUCUGAGACCUUUAAUAGGCAUAAUGAACCUGCCGGAACGUCAUGGGACUUUCAGUACAGGUAUAAUGACAAUGACAAUACACAAUAUGGACCGAGGCAGGGUAUGAAUUCAUACAUUGCGGGACCGGACAUUGCGUUAAUUUGUAACCCUCAUGAAUAUGAGAGGGGUGGUGGACUCGUGCGCAGAGAGCGACCAACUCCUGAGCAGUGGUACCCGGGCGAGAUGCUAGGGAGGGUGCCCUAUCCCAACUCCCCAUGCAUAAAGAAUGAGGUUGGUGACAGUCUGGAUGUCUCUUACACAGAUGCCAGGUUUGAGGGUGGCAGCGACCACAUGUACCCCAUGGAGUUCUUCUUCCCACCCCAGAGGACCUGUCUGAUCUGUGCAGAAGAGGCAUCUGGCUGCCAUUAUGGAGCACUCACCUGUGGCAGCUGCAAAGUGUUCUUCAAGAGAGCCGCAGAAGGGAAACAGAAAUACCUGUGUGCCAGCAGAAAUGACUGCACCAUCGAUAAGCUGAGGAGGAAGAACUGCCCAUCAUGUCGCCUGAGGAGGUGUUUUGAAGCUGGGAUGACCCUCGGAACACGUAAACUGAAGAAGAUUGUACAGCUGAAGAGUCCGGAGGAGGAUCUGCCCACUCAAGGCCCCACUGAUACCAUCCAGGGAGUCUCUCCCCAAUCCGGCCUGAGCUUCCAUUCCCAGCUGGUGUUCCUUAACAUCUUGGAAUCCAUUGAGCCAGAGGUGGUAAAUGCGGGACAUGACCAAUGCCAGCCGGACUCAGCUGCAGCGCUGCUCACCAGCCUCAACGAACUUGGGGAGCGCCAACUUGUCAAAGUGGUCAAGUGGGCCAAAGGCUUGCCAGGUUUUCGGAAUCUGCAUGUGGAUGACCAGAUGACAGUCAUCCAGCAUUCAUGGAUGGGGGUGAUGGUGUUCGGCUUGGGAUGGAGGUCCUACAAGAAUGCCAACGGCAGAAUGCUCUAUUUCGCCCCGGACCUUGUUUUCAAUGACCAUCGGAUGCACAUCUCUAGCAUGUUCGAUCACUGCCUACGGAUGAGACACCUCUCCCAGGAGUUUGUCCUGCUGCAAGUCACUCAGGACGAGUUCCUCUGCAUGAAGGCCCUGCUCCUCUUCAGCAUCAUUCCAGUGGACGGUCUUAAGAGUCAGAAGUACUUUGAUGAAUUGCGGCUGACCUACAUCAAUGAACUUGGUCGCGUCAUUAACUACGGAAGGAAGUCCAACUGCUCUCAGAGGUUGUAUCAACUCACCCGUCUCAUGGAUUCCCUCCAACCGGUUGUGAGGAAACUCCAGCAGUUUACAUUUGAUCUGUUUGUCCAGGCCCAGUCUCUGCCCACCAAGGUCAACUUUCCAGAGAUGAUUGCAGAGAUAAUCUCAGUACAUUUGCCAAAGAUCCUGGCAGGCUUGGCCAAACCAAUCCUGUUCCACAAGUAGCAGGAUUUGCCAUCAUACUGAGAAAAAAAUCCAAUCCAAGCUGCCUCUAUAUACUUCAGCCAAGGCUCUGUUGUGUUUCCCUUGUAAUGUUCUCUCUCUCCCAUUUUUUUUAUAUCUAAUAGCUCAAUGUACCAUUUCUGAAAUCAUUGUAUCAUUACAGUAGUUUAGCCGCUUAUCAGACAUAAUUGAGAUAAUUUUCUCAGAAGGGCAGCAAGGUUUUAGCAUUUAUUUCAAGUUGCAAGGUGUCACCUUGUUGACAGCCCAAUCUGUCCUGUAUUUCAAGAAAAAAAAAUACACAAGACUAGUAGUGUUAUGUCAAAUGUAAGAAUCAGAAGAAUAUCAUCCAUUGACUGGAUGAAGACAACACUAAACAACAUGCAGAAACAGUUAAACAUAGCUAUGCAUAUCUCUACUUUAGGAACUUUCAUGAGAUUGUGCUAUGCAAAAAAAAAAAAAUACCAAAAGGAGUGUGAAACAGUCGUUUGCAGUAUACUCUUACAUACACCGUCUAUCUGUAUUUACUAGCUAACUACUCAACGGUUGUAUCCGACUGACUAUGGUGUACUAGAAUGCUAUUUUUAAUAUACAUAUACAAUGCAUACAUCACUACAUGUAUUGUACAGUAUUUAAAACUUUCUUGCUAGUUAUUUAGGUAGUGAACAAACAGUAAUUCUAAUGGUACAGUCAUACUUUAAUCUAUCCACCCAAAGUGACUAACUAAUUCCAGACACAAAGCGAGACAAUUGGAAUUAAUAACUUUCCAGAAUAUUUUCUGCGCAUUUAGUCUGCGCAUUUUGAAUAUUUUCUGCACAUUUAGUCUGCAUGUAGUUUCAGAUGACUCUUUUGCGUCACACAUGACAGUAUUGUGCCCAAAUUAGUUGGUCAAACUGAACAUACUCAUAAUCUAUUACUGCUGAAAAUCCUCUAAGGUUUAACUCUGCCUGAAUAUUUGCAUUUUUUAGUUCAUCAGAACAUACAGAGGUGCAUGCGCCAUGUGUUUGUAGAUGUUAGAAUGAUUUAAUCUUUAUUGAAAACAACAGGGGUGGAACUUUGGUUUUAGAAGUGGGGGGAAAUAGCGUGCCAAAUUCAUGUGGCCAUUUGUCACCAACAAUUGCUCUAUCAUGAGGUCCAUUAAAUGCAAACAAUGUUCAAGCCAGGGGAGAACGAAUGCCUCUUCUCAUUGAAGCCUUGAAGUUCAAGUCCGACCUUGGUACUGCAGGCAUUGUUUGAAGAAAACAGGAUCCCCCAUUAUAGUGAAUGGGAAAAUAGCAAUCUUCGUGGUCAAUCGUGUAAAAAAAUAACAAUCAUGGUGCCAAUAAUUGCCUCUAUUACACCAAAUGUAUGUCCCUGAACCAAUUAUUUUCAAAAUCGCACAAGGAUAAUUUAGUAGCUAAUGCCAGCCUGCAGUAUCCCAGUCAGCCUUCAACUUUAGUUACUCAAUGAGAUGGGGCAGCAUAGAGCUAGCCUGUAACGUCACUUCCUGGAGUAGCUCAAACUGCGCAUGUUAUGUACGCAUGAUACGCAAUCUUAUCAGACUUCCUUGGCUUCAAGUGCUCUAUUGAGUCUUCACAUAGGAAUGAAUGGUGUCCAUUCAUAUAGUCAUUAGUUCAAACUAAGUGAGUGACAUUUUUGUUCAGAUACCUCAACAAAAUAAAACUUUGGAUUCAAGGAUAGCACAAAACAAUAGUUUAAUUCAACAAAUUCCCUGUCUUUGUUUUUAUAUGCCAACUGUGGCUUAAAUUACUUCAUAAAAUCAAACAGUUUCAUAUUUUAGAUUAGGUGAAAUGCAUUAUCAUAUUAAGAAUGUAAUUAUAUGCCUUUAAAAUGCUGAAAUCUUCAUGUAGAUAUCUUGAAAACAAAAAACUCCAGAAAGAUCCCAUUUUCAUGGUCUUCGACAUCUGAUUGAGCAAAUGGUGGUAUCCUAGUGGUUAGAGCAUUGGGCCAGUAACUGACAGAUUGGAAUCUCAGAGCUGACAAGGUGAAUAAU